CCUGACGUAAGCAAUAAUUAUAUAAUUUGUAUAAAGGCAGGAUUAAUUUCCCUUUAACACAUAUCUCUCGCAUAAUAGUUUGAAUAUUAAAAUGUCUGUUGUACAACUUGUUGAAUCUGCCAUCGCUGAUAACGACGUUGUCGUCUUUGCCAAGACCUACUGUCCUUACUGCCAUGCUACCGAAAAGGUUAUCGCUGAUGAAAAGAUCAAGGCCAAAAUUUUCCAAUUAGACACUUUGGAUAAUGGCGAUGAAAUUCAAGCUUACCUUUUGAAGAAGACUGGUCAACGUACUGUCCCCAACGUUUUCAUCCACCAAAAGCAUAUUGGUGGUAACUCUGAUUUCCAAGACUUGUACAAAAAGGGCGGUCUUGCUACCCUCUCUGGAACUGCUUGAGUGUGAUGUAUCUAACGAAAUAAUACCUUGUUUUAUCUAAAUAUAUUCCGUGCUUUACAUGAAUUCAUUGUAGCUAACUACAUUGCCUUCAAGUAUUAUAAAAACGCCAU